UAGGUGAAUCGGACAUCACUUGUCUGAUGAACUGAAACUCUCCCGGAGAAACCGAGGGAGGAAGAUGGCGGCCACUGACCGUUCCCGGUCCGAAGCGGCGAAGCAGCGGAGGCAGGAUCAGCUGCAGCGGUGGCAGGGCUCAGAGACGGACCGGACCGGGGCGGAGGCGAGGAGCCAUUCCGUCGCCCCGGGACACCGACGGGCUCGAGUGCGCUUCGCCCAGGGUGCAGUGUUCAUGGCCGCCUGCUCCGCCGGGGACCGGGAGGAGGUGGCGGAGCUCCUGCGGCAGGGAGCAGACAUCAACCACGCCAAUAUAGACGGACUCACGGCGCUCCAUCAGGCCUGUAUCGAUGAGAACGCAGAAAUGGUCCAGUUUUUGGUGGAGAACGGCAGUGAAGUGAACCGAGGAGACAAUGAGGGCUGGACGCCGCUCCACGCCGCCGCCUCCUGUGGAUUCAUCCAAAUCACAAAGUACCUGAUCGAACAUGGCGCUCAUGUCGGAGCAGUGAACAGCGAAGGAGAGCUUCCUCUGGACGUGGCCACGGAGGAUGCAAUGAACCGACUGCUGAAGGCUGAGGUUAAAAAGCAGGGUAUUGAUGUGGAUCAGGCCAGAAGAGAGGAGGAGCGGGUGAUGCUCCAGGAUGCCAUGACCGUGUUGGCAGGAAGUGGUUCUCUGGUUCCUCAUCCCAACACACAGGCCACGGCGCUACACGUCGCUGCUGCUAAAGGAUACAUCGAGGUGUUAAAGGUGCUGUUGAAGUGUGGGAUAGACGUGGACAGUCGGGACAGUGACGGUUGGACGGCGUUCCACGCGGCGGCUCACUGGGGUCAGGAAGAGGCCUGCAGUCUCCUCGCCGAACACAUGUGUGACAUGACCGCCGUCAAUAAUGUGGGCCAAACUCCACUGGACGUGGCGGACGAGAACAUCAUUGAUAACUUGGAGGAGCUGCAGAAGAAGCAGAACGCUAUGCGUUCUGAGAAACAGAAGAUCCAGACGCCCGUCAUCGAGACCAGCCCACCUGUUUCUAUGGCACCAGCUCGACCUCGCAGGACUUCGAUCUCGCGUAUGAGCAGUCGAGAGAAGAUCACUCUGCAUGGGCGAGAGAAACAUGCUCCGCCCACUCUUCAGACUCUGCCCACAGAGGAGGAUGAGGACGAGUCGACACGCACAGCCAGCCAAUCAAAGCCCUCCAGCAGCUCCAGCUCAGAGGAAGAGAGCGAAUCAGAGAGUGACGCAGAGUCAGAAAAAGCCAAAACUCGAGAAAUGAUCAACAACUUGAACAACAAGCGAAACGCAGCACCAGUAACAAGCUCUGUGACCAGCAGCGGUCCAAACCAGGUUAAAAAGACUGAAGCGGGUCGGACCCCGGUGACUGAGGCUCCAGGCUCCUGGAGAACGUCUCUGCGCAAAGCUGGAAGUUCGGUGACUCUGGGCUCCACAGGGGCCUCUGAUGCAGCCAGUGAGGCCCUGAAGGACCCCGAGACCAAACUGGGCAUGACACGCUCUGCAUCCAGUCCCAGACUGAGCUCUGAAGCUGACAAUAAGGAGCCCAGGUUAGCACGUGUUCAGCCAACUCCAUCCAGACGUCUUUUUAGCAUUAGCGACAACAGCACCAACUCCGACAACACCAGCAGCUUGUUGAGUCGUAGCUCUUCAUAUACACGCCGCCUGAACACCCAAUCCGCUAGCGACGCGUCGAAUCCCUCAUUACCUCGUAGCUCAUCCUAUGGGCGGAAACUUGACGAGUCUUCAGUGACCUCUGUAAACAGCGCAACCUCCGGAUUAAGUCGCCUCAAUAAUCUAGUGGCUCAGAGGUCGGCUCAGGAAGAGGCCGAAAAGAAGGAUCCAGUGUCCAAUUCUGUAACAACAACAACCACUACGACAGGAGAGUCGGAGACCAAGCAGAGACGCAAGUCAUAUCUGACUCCUGUGCGUGAUGAGGAGGCUGAAGCUCAGAGAAAAGCUCGAUCCAGACAUGCUCGUCAAUCCAGACGCUCCACACAGGGUGUUACUCUGACAGACCUGCAGGAAGCCGAGAAGACAAUGAAGACGGAAAACAAGGGAAAGAAAGAAGACGAGGAGAAAGAAGGGAAGCAAAAGAAGGGAGAGGAAGGGGAGGUGAGCUGGCGUUCUCGAAUCGCUAAUCUACAGAAGUCAGAUCUGCUGGGUCUCACACACCCUCCUGGAGCUCCACGUCCAGACAGACCAGAUGCAGACAGCAUUGUGGCAGACAUUGAGGAGCGAAUGCUAGAGCGUAGGAAAACACGAGCUCGCAGAAGAGGAAAACCAGGAGAGAGCGACGACAACGAGCCCAGUGGAGAAGAGGAGAGCAGUGGUGGGCGGGAACCACAGACAGACAGACACACGAGCAGCAGGGCUGACUCUCUCCUGAAUGACUGCAUUCUCACCAGAGGAGCCGAUUCCAGAGACUUCAAGAAGUUGUUUGAGGAGAUGUCCAGGGAGAACCGGCGUCUGCAGUCGCAGCUAUCAGACACACAGAGAACGAUUUCACUCACCAGAGUGGAGCUGGAGAAUGCCACAAAGAGGCAGGAGAGAUUCACAGACUGCACGGCCCUGCUGGAAAUGGAGAAGAAGGAGAAGAAGAUGUUGGAGAGACGAGCUGCUGAGCUGGAGGAGGAGCUAAAGGUUUUAGGAGAUCUGAGAGCAGAUAACCAGCGGCUGAAGGAUGAAAACGGUGCUCUCAUCAGAGUCAUCAGCAAACUCUCCAAAUAGAGGGCGAGAGAGAGAGAAAGAGAGGCCGUCCAUCCCUUCCUGAGAGAUGAAAAAGGGAAAAGAGGAGGAGAGCAACAUCAGACGUGAGGAGGAGUGACACUGUUUUAUACCACACUUCUUUUACCUUCCUGCAGGACUGUGUGUGUGUGUGUGUUUCAACUUCAGGAGCGAGGAGACGCUUCAGAUUUCUCUCUUUCUCACACACACUCGUAUAGGGACGCAUGCACAUUCCCCAUAAGCGUGAGCGCACACACACAAACACACACACAUUCCACGAGUCUCAGGCAGCUGAAGUCUGCAGUAUUUUUGCAUCUUUGCACAAACACACACACUCUUUCACGAUUGAGUUUUUUGUAUUCCCCCCUAAAAUCCACUGAAGGUGGUCUGAAAUACGAUAAUCCAGAAACCAGCAGCUCGACAAUCAUUCAGCGCUGCAGAUUUACCCAAAACACACCAGGCUGCUGUUUGUCCGGCAGCCGAUUACGCUAUGCAUCUUUGUUUUUUUUAAAUAAGUGGCGUAUUCCUGUGUUUUUUGUCUUUGUUUGAGUCCAUCCUCGCUCCCGUUGUCGUCCGAGGGCUUUUGUUUAUUGUGUAAAUGUACAAAUAUUAUUCAUGCGAACUCAUUACGCUAAACCGUGUAACUUGAUAUCAGCUUUUGUUUCUCCACGUGUUGUUUUUUCUAAUAUAUUGAAUGAAUGUUGGCACUUAAUAAUAAAAUAUGAGUGUUUGUAUUGA